UGUUUUUUAUUUCUAAAGCGAGGCUACGAGGCUGUUGGCGGGAACCAUGAUUUACCGAUAGGCCUGAAAAGGUAGAAAAUGGCAUCAGAGCGGGCAUCAGAGGAGACUGUGUCCAUUUCGAAGGGUUGCUUUCUAUUUAAUUGCAAUGAAAGUAAAGCUGGAAAGACAACUAAAAAAAAGAAACAUCAAAGAGGGUCACUAAAAGCAAAAGCAAGAUAUUUUACAGAGAAUAAGUUUCCUCUCCUGAAAGGCGAGAAUUCUCAGCAAGCUACUUUGCGGUAUACGUGUUUCAAAGAAUGCUGGGUGAAUAUUUCAGAGCAAAUUGAAAGCAUCCAGGUUGCAACCAACAAAAAAGUUUUUGAUGAUCUGCUCACUUACAUAAAAGAAAGCUAUUCAGAGGAAAAUGCAAAUUACCAAUGGAGAGAACUGCCAACAGCAGCUCUUUUGACAGGAGUAAACAUGCCAGAUCAUGAUAUAAUUUUCCAACAAAUAACCUCAAGCAUCUUGAAUGACAUAACACCGCAUGUUGUUCUCCUUCACUCAAAAAACUGCUCCAACUUGAAAUUCUUGAUGAGAGAGGUCAUUACACAACUUAUGACUACUGAUGAUGAGGAAGAUGAUGUUGAUGAAAAUCUUGAUAAGAGUUUCUUUGAAGAAAUGGGAAAGAUAAAGCGAUUUACAUUCAAAGUGCUGAGAUCUUGGUAUUCAAAAGUUUCAACUAAGGAUUCAGGCAAAAAUCCAAUUGUCAUCAUUCUAGAAGACUUUGAAGGCUUCCACAAGUCUGUGCUGCAGGACUUCAUUUUAAUUGCAAGUGAAUACAUACAGGAUCUACCGAUAGUUUUGGUGUUUUCAUUGGCAACAACUAUUGGUGCUGUGCACAACUCAUUGCCUCAUUCAGUCUCAACCAGACUUUCCAUUGAAAAGUUCCAUGCAGAGCCAUCCUUAGAGUGCCUGCACAUAAUUCUCAAUAAGGUCUUCAUAACAUCACAGCAUCCUUUUAAGUUGGGACCCAGACUUCUUCAUGUUUUAUAUGACAAAUUCCUGUGCCAGGACUUCUCUAUUCAGAGUUUUGCUAGUGCAGUGCAGUUUGCUAUGCUGGAGCAUUACUACGAUAAUCCUCUGAGCAUUUUUUGCACUUAUGACAACAAAAUGCAUAGAAAUGCCAUUGACUCCUUGAAUGAAGACCACAUCACAUAUCUCAUAAACAUGCCAUCUUACCAAAGGUUCCAAGAUCGAAAGUCUUUGAAUGACCAAGAGAAACUAUUACAAGACAUACCACACAUCAAGAAAACAGCUAAAAAGAUGAUUGAUGAAUUCAGAAAGACAAUGACAGCCCUUUUCCCAGUUUUGAGAUGUUUGCACAAAAUUUCUUCCAAACUUCCAAGAGCACCUUUUGGAAAGCGAUUGAAAGAUGUCUAUGAAUUCUGCAUGAAGCAAGAAAUUGUAAAGAAAGAGCAAUACCAUACAUCUAUUGCGUUGCUUAAGCAAACAUCAAAGGACGAUCUAGUAUUUCUUUUGGAAGAAUGCUACACAAUAUUAGCAGAUUUCGUUCAAGAGAACGCAUUAGGUGCGUGUUUUGCUGAUGAUCUACCCAAGCUAGAACAAUUGAUGAAGAAGUUUGACACGCUUGAUAAUCUCAGUAACCAAAAAGACGAAGAAGCUAGUGCUACACCAAAAACACCAGUAGAAAAAAUACCAGUUUAUAAGAACAGAUUCGAGUUGCAAGAGCGUAUGAGGCAAGCAGUUAAAGAACGAAAAUCCACUCCAUACGAUAAUUUACGGAAUGAAGUCAUCGAUUGCUGGGAUUCUAUUUUUCGAAAAUACUUAAAAUGUCCUAUGCUGCUUCCUCUUCACGAAUUGUUCAUUUUCGAUGCCAAGGAGUCAGUUAUGCCUCAUAUCAACCCUGCUCCUCGAUUGUCAGUGCAAAAUGCGUUACGAGAUCCUCACUUUUACCUUAAGUGCAAAUGUUGCAAAAUUGACGCGGAGGAUACCCAAGAAACCUUACCCGACUUGAGCAUUGUCUACAAGAUUCACUUGGAAUGUGGAAAAAUGAUAAAUCUCUAUGACUGGAUGCAGGCCUUUGUUGCCGUUGUUGCUCCCUCGCCUGCCGGUCGAAGCAAUUCAAAAAAGCGACAAGCAGAAGACGAAAGCUUACAAGCACGGUUCUUCCAGAGUGUCUCAGAAAUGCAAUUGCUAGGUUUGAUUAAGCCAACAAAGCGGAAAGCAGAUCAUGUCCAAAGGCUUACGUGGGGUUUUUAAAGCCAGUAUGCAUUGGCGAGGCAUGCCUAUUUGUUAGACGAAACAAUGCCGAAAGCAGUUGAUGACUCCGAAGAAGAAAUGAUCAAUGAAAAAUUUAGACCAGAAGAGCUUGAAGCUUUCCUGAAAACGUUUCAGCAAGAUGAAGUAACAAAACUGAGACCACUCGAAGUCGAAGAGCCGCCGAAUUUUGCAGAAGUUUCUCCUGACGUCUUGUUAGAGCGACUCAUUGAUGAGGCUGAUCAGGAAAGGAACGUUGAAACGACAGCCGGAAAACAAAGAAUGGAUCAUGGUGUGAUGGAAAAACAAGACUAUAGACUGAAGAACGAUCAAGUUGGAACUUCUUAUAUUGAUAUUAACAGUGAUCUCAAUGAUUCUUUAUAGAAUCUAAAAAAUUGCUGUAUCGACAUUCAGGGGUAUUAAUGUUAACAAUUAAACACUGGUGAGCUACUAAUAUUGUUAAUUUUUCGAUUAACUGAAUCUUAUUUCUUAGAUUUAACUUCUGUAGUGAAGCAUGACCUCUGUAGUACAAAUUUAUCUAUUAGAUAAUUUCAACCCAAUAUGCCAAUCGACAGCUAUUACUUUAGUUGAAUUCUUCAGUUUGAUCCCGAUAACUCGAAUUCUCAUUUACUCCAUCUGUUUCCAUUCCUUUGAACCUUUGUGAUACUUUUGUUUAGAAACCUUCGUUAAGUCAAACUUCUGAUUCUGUCAAACUCGAAUAUUCUAUAUCUUCAUCCAUAAUUCUAUACUCAUUUGGUCAUCGUUUUCCUAUAACCAGAACUUUUCUGGGUGAAAUGAAAACAUAAGCAAUAUCUUUUUAUAUAAGUAACGCUUUUCUACCAUAAAAUUAAGUUGUAUUAACACAGAUACAGUGAAGACUGCAAUGAGCUCGUAGUUCUUCUGCAUCCCCAAGAUGUCACUUUUUGCCAAACAUCUUUGCUGUGUGUUUGAAAAAUAGUCAAUUGUUUCAUCUUUUAAUUACUAACAACCGUCUUGUAACAUCUUUCUAACCGACUUUGACACAUACUGCAUACAUAUCGACGAUAUUUUCUGAUUUUCAAAGAACAUCGAAUUUCCAAAUUGCCUUCAGUUUGAAGAUAUCCUUAUAUACGUUGUGUUUAUUGAUACGGGUUUCAAGAGCAAUCUUAGCUGUCCAAAAGACUAGUAGUUCAUGUUGUUUCCUAAUAAACUUGUUGUAGCUCGAACUUAUGUUCACUUUUUCUUCAAGUUUGAAAGACCCGAUAACUCAAACAUUCGUUGUCUCGAUCCGUUGCCACCGCUCCAUUGGUAAUUCGUAAUAACGGGCCUAUACACUUUGUUUUUAUCUUCACGAUAGGUUCUAUUAAAUCUGUUUGUAAAAUGACAUCUUUAGAAUGACUUCCCCAUAUAAAUUUAAAUCUUCUUAAGAAUUUAUUUGCUCACCUGCUUUUCAAUCAAGUAUUAAGUGCUUAUCAAAAUAUUCAUCUUUGUCUGUAUAUUUAUAGCUUGGCUAUGACAUCUUCCAUCUCUUUCGUCUAUAAUAUUCAGUGUUGUCUUUCUCACCCAUUCUAUCAAUGUCGUCUCUCUCACCUAGCGUUGUCUUCUUUAUUCAGGAUCGUCUUCCUUACCCAGCCUCCACUUCCUUAUUCAGUUUAGUCUUUCUCGCCCAGUGUCAUCUUCCUUGUUCAGUGUUUUUUUCUUUACCUUGCGCCGUCAUUCUUAUCUAGCAUCGAUUUACUUAUCCAACGACAUCUUCCUUUUGCAGUGUUUUCUUCCUUACCAGCGUCAUCUUCCUUGUUCAGUAUUUCUUCCUUGUUCAGUGUUUUGUUCCUUGUUAAGUGUUUUCUUCCUUAUCCAGCUUCGUCUCCCUGAUCCGCUUUUCUCAUCCACUAUUGUUAGGGUAGUGACAGGAGGGAAAACUUCGCAAAACGUGUAAAAUGACAUAGAAACGCUUUUUUGGAACUUUGAACAGCGCAGUCAGCAGCAUACAAUUUUGAUAUGAUAGUUACCAACAUCAUUUCUUUUUGUUUUGGAAUUAAGAUGAAUUUGGCACCUACAACUUUACACCCUCCUCUGGCUACAUCGCUGAUAGUAUAACACAAUCGGAUACGGGUCUGAAUUAAGUGUAAAACCAAACCAUGACAAAAUAUUUAGAAAGACCACUGGGAGAGUUCACUCCAUAUUCGUAUAUAACCGAUUUGCUUUUUUCGAAAGCACAAUUAUUGUCCAAAAGUUGGUGCAACAUGUUAGAAUUCAGAAAUUCACCCCUAUUUUAGUUCUGGAGAUAAAGUUGAGUAAUUUUAUUUCAUUUUAAUAUUUUCUUUAUAUGAAUCAUUGUUCCGUCUGGUAUAACGUGUUGAAUUGCGUUGUUUACGAGUUCACUAUAAAUAAUAUUCAAUCUAUACCACGUUUCAUUCACUACACAUUUACCAAAAUGAAAGAAUUGCAAUAAAAAAUUGGGAAGCAUUUAGGUAAGUCUCAAGGCAGAAGAAGCCUUCACGAAUUUAACUAUUGUCAUUUUUUAAGGAACUAACCUCGGGAUUAUCACCCAGUUUCUUGAUUUUUUUCAUUUAAAUGCUAAAAGUUGCCUUAAUGCUUCUUAAAUUCCAUUGCUACAGAGUUCCUUUCUAUUUAUCGAUGUUAGUUAAAAAAGAAAAUGGGGCCUAAUCGUCGAAGGAACCAUUUCCGUCCCAUCUUUAAAGAAGCGUUUUCGAGCAAGUUUAUGGGGAUCAGUCCUAUGGUUAUGGUUUCAAUGUUUUUAACUCGGCGCUCGGUUUUUAACAGACAGUUUCUUGUAAAAAACUAGAUAAGCUAGCCUUUAUAUCGAAAAAACUUUAUAUAACGAUAAUUUUUAUAGUAAUGUUGAGAAUUGAAAAUUUUGAAAUUCAGUAAAUAAUUAAGAAUAGUAGCCAGGCUCAAAAUUCAUAUCCAGUUUGACUUGUUAUCUAUCUGAGACUCUGAGCAAACAGGAUAAAGCGGACGUCGCUGAGAAGAUUAAGAAAUGGAUUGAUAGUCAAAAGAGAAGAUCAUUCUAUUGGUGACGAAACACAUGGAAGCAAAUUAGUGCUUUGUACGAAAAUGACUGCUUUAGUGCAAAAAUUGAAUAUUUUAAUAAAUCUUCAUCUAAAUAAAGAAUUAAAUAUACGUGAAUGAUAGUAAGGACUAAAUCGUUGUUGAUGAGUUUGAUCAUGUUUAAGGGUCCAUUCAUAUUAGACUCAGUUAGAAAUUUUAUAUUUUACUUUUAAAAUGCCCUUAUACAGCAAACAAUUUUCAUUUUUUGGUUUUAUUCUGUUUGAACGAUGAGAUAAGACAGAGGCAAAAAGUUGAGCUUUCUUUCUAGAGACCCUUUCCAAAUUUACCUGUUCUAGGCUCAUAUUAAAACAAUACUGCUCUUUUUCAUGUGAAAAACACAUUCAUCGCUAAAGUUAAGCUUCUGAAAACUAAAUUUUUUUAAGACGUUACACUUUAUUCUUUAUUGUGUUAAAUUUUUGUUUUUGAUUUAAACUAAAAAAUUUAUAGGAAUAUGGACAAUCAGCAAAUAUUUAAGCAAAAAAGUGGGUAGUUGAAAUGAUAUGGCUUAUUAUAGUAGUUAAGUUGUUAAUAUAAUCUACACUCAUUUUUUAUAAGAAACUGGCUUUAAGAAACGAGUACUGGACAGUCAGAAAAAAAUAAAGAAACUUCAGUAUUCGA